ACUCAACUAAAACUUCUUCCCAUUUCUAAAACAAACACAUUCAUCAUGAGUAUCUCAGAUAGCUCAUCGUCUGGAGAAGAAGAAAACGAAGAGUACGAAAGGUUUCACCACCUACGUUUGAGUUUGAUCGGUCGGAGGCUGGCUGAAGGUGCAUCAAGUCGCCGUCAAACUACAAGCCGACGUCACAUUGAUCGUGAGAGGGUCGAAUGUAAUCGACGUCUUAUGAGGGAUUAAUUCGAUCCAAAUCCAGUAUACAAUGCUCGCAUAUUCAGAAGGCGCUAUCGGAUGCAGCCAAGAUUAUUCCAUCGCAUUAUGGGCGACAUUGUGAGGUUUGACCCCUCAUUUGCUCUAAGGCGUGAUAGCUUUGGUCAAUUGUCACUAUCUCCAGAGCAGAAGCUUACUGGUGCGAUGCGCAUGCUAGCAUAUGGUUCUCCAGCUGAUCAACUUGAUGAGUAUGUUCGUAUGGGUGAGAGCACUUUGAUGGAGGUCUUCAGAAAGUUUUGCAACAACAUUAUCAACAUGUACGGGGCCACAUACCUUCGCGCACCUACUCCUGCUGAUUUAAGGAUCUUACUCCGUAAAGCCUCAAGUCGUGGCUUUCCUGGAAUGAUUGGAUCAAUUGACUGCAUGCAUUGGGAAUGGAGGAAUUGUCCAAGUGGUUGGGCAGGACAAUACACCGGCCACAUGCAUAGGCCAACAAUCAUUCUGGAGGCGGUGGCCUCCUACAACACAUGGAUAUGGCAUGCUUUCUUUGGGACACCUGGAUCGAACAACGAUAUAAAUGUUCUGGGGAUGUCUCCAGUGUUUGAUCGUAUCGUCAAUGGAAGCGCUCCACAUGUACGAUUUGAGGUAAAUGGUCAUGCUUAUGAUCAAUGUUAUUAUUUGGCUGACGGUAUUUAUCCCUCAUGGUCAACUUUAGUGAAGACCUUCAGCAAUCCAAGGUCAAACAAAGAGGCUUUGUUUGCUCAACAUCAAGAAGCACACCGCAAAGAUGUAGAGCGGGCAUUUGGAAUCCUCCAAACAAGAUGGGCAAUUGUUCGUGGCCCUGCAAGAGCUUGGGAUGUUGUCACACUUAACAUAUAAUGCUGACGUGCAUUAUAUUACACAACAUGAUAAUCGAGGAUGAGCAGGUUGAUUCUGAUGACGAGAUGGAUGAUGACCUUGAUUAUGAGAUCCAUGCACAACCUGAACCAAUCAACCGACACCAAUCAACUCUAAUUGAUUAC